CGGGCGCAGAGACCCGCUCCAGCGAGUGCGCGCGUGCACACAUACACACGCGGACACGCACACACAAACACGAACGCACACACGCUCCAGCCUGCGGGUUGGCCAGAGCCUUGAAACUGCAGAUUCCACUAGGAGAUCGCCAGAGGAACCGAACUAAUUAGUAAUUAGUUGCCCCUACACUAAUUACUACUUCCCUUACUUCCCCAAGCACUUCGGUGAAGAAAUGAAUCCCGCCCAGCUCGCCAGUCCAGCCAGGUCUCUGUUCGGUCUUGCUCUCCAGUCUCAGCUUCUUCGUGAAAGCCAGAUCAAGGGAGAAAGCAAGCCGGCGCCUGGCCUCGGACUCUGAGCGCAGCGCAGCUCGCUCCCUGGCCGGUGAGCCCCGAACCCGCGAAGGGCUCCUCCACGCUGCUGCCAGCCCACACCAGGGAUAUUGCAGCCCGGGAAGGCACCUGGAGCUAAUCCGGCGGCAGGUUUAAAUGUGUAUUUGGCUACUUGGCUACUGAUUAGAGAACACAAAAUGAAUAACUCAACAAACUCCUCUAACAAUGGCCUGGCUCUGACCAGUCCUUAUAAGACAUUUGAAGUGGUUUUUAUUGUCCUUGUGGCUGGGUCCCUCAGUUUGGUGACCAUUAUUGGGAACAUCCUGGUCAUGGUCUCCAUUAAAGUCAACCGCCACCUCCAGACCGUCAACAAUUACUUUUUGUUCAGCUUGGCCUGUGCUGACCUCAUCAUUGGUGUUUUCUCCAUGAACUUGUACACACUUUACACUGUGAUUGGCUACUGGCCUUUGGGUCCUGUGGUGUGUGACCUUUGGCUAGCCCUGGACUACGUGGUCAGCAAUGCCUCAGUAAUGAAUCUGCUCAUCAUCAGCUUUGACAGAUACUUCUGUGUCACAAAACCACUCACCUAUCCCGUCAAGCGGACCACAAAAAUGGCAGGUAUGAUGAUUGCAGCUGCCUGGGUUCUCUCCUUUAUCCUCUGGGCUCCGGCCAUUCUCUUCUGGCAGUUCAUUGUAGGGGUGAGAACUGUGGAGGAUGGGGAAUGCUACAUUCAGUUUUUUUCCAAUGCUGCUGUCACCUUUGGCACUGCCAUUGCAGCUUUCUAUUUGCCUGUGAUCAUCAUGACUGUGUUAUACUGGCACAUAUCCCGAGCCAGUAAGAGCAGGAUAAAGAAGGACAAAAAGGAGCCUGUGGCCAACCAAGAUCCAGUUUCUCCAAGUCUGGUACAAGGAAGGAUAGUGAAGCCAAACAACAACAACAUGCCUGGCAGUGAUGAUGGCCUGGAGCACAACAAAAUCCAGAACGGCAAAGCUCCCAGAGAUGCUGUGACUGAAAACUGUGUCCAGGGGGAGGAAAAGGAGAGCUCCAAUGAUUCCACCUCAGUCAGUGCUGUCGCCUCUAAUAUGAGAGAUGAUGAAAUAACCCAGGAUGAAAACACAGUUUCCACUUCCCUGGGCCAUUCCAAAGAUGAGAACUCAAAGCAAACAUGCAUCAAAAUUGUCACCAAGACCCAAAAAGGUGACUCAUAUACCCCAACUAAUACCACCGUGGAGCUAGUUGGUUCUUCAGGUCAGAAUGGAAAUGAAAAACAGAACAUUGUUGCUCGCAAGAUUGUAAAGAUGACCAAGCAGCCCGCAAAAAAGAAGCCUCCUCCUUCCCGGGAAAAGAAAGUGACCAGGACGAUCUUGGCCAUUCUGUUGGCUUUCAUCAUCACUUGGGCCCCAUACAAUGUCAUGGUGCUCAUUAACACCUUCUGUGCACCCUGCAUCCCCAACACAGUGUGGACAAUUGGUUAUUGGCUCUGUUACAUCAACAGCACUAUCAACCCUGCCUGCUAUGCACUUUGUAAUGCCACCUUCAAGAAGACCUUUAAACACCUUCUCAUGUGUCAUUAUAAGAACAUAGGCGCCACAAGGUAAAACAUCUUUGUAAAGAAAGAAGGUAGUCAAGGGGAGCUUGGCGAGAAGAAACAGAAUAAAAGAGCUCCUAGUUUUCAAAUCUCUGCCAUUGCACUUUAUAGUCUUAUCAUGGAACGUGCAAUUAAGGAGCCCAGCAGUGACACUCUUAUGGUGCCUAUGCUCCAGUUUGAAACUUGCACCUUAUAAACCCUGUCAGUUUAGGAGCAAGGAGACCAUUAAGGAGACAUGUUGGAACUGUGGAUUUAAGAAAUGAUCUAUGCUUUCUCAUACUCUCUUGAAGAAGGGCUUCUGAAUCUAUAAUUUUAUCUCUGCACAAAAAGAAUAAUAACCUCACUCCUUUUUUUCAUUUUUUUGUUCCCAAGUGUCCAUAUGAGGAUGAAAUGCCACAGUUACAAACUAACCUGGAGAGUUAAACAUAAAGCCAUUAUCCAAUGGCGAAGUGAACAAAGAAUAUCAAAAAAGGAUGUAGAAAUGGCCUCCGGAGUGUUUAACAUAUAUUAUUCUCUUGUUAUGGUUUUAUGUGGAGAAUUGCAACAUAAUAAAUGCUUAUCUUUUUUUACCUUUCCCUUUCCCACCAUCAAAAGAGAGCAAACAAACAAAAACAAACAAAAAACUUAAUUAGAUUACAUCAUUAUUUUUCUCAUAUGGCAUUGGUCUUUAUACUUCCCUGUUUUACAUUGUGUAAGGGCAAAAUCUGCAGGACUUUCACUAAAUACAGAGACAGCCAUGAAAAAGGGUAUUUCACCCCUGCCCACUGUGUCUUUUGCAUUCUUUGGGGGUAUAAAACCCUAUGAGGAUUUAGUUCACUUAUGAUUCUUCAUGUGAAAUAUUUUCACCAAUCUGGUUUUCUACUAAACUAGCCUCUUAUUUUAAUAGAAUAGCCUACUUAAUAUAUAAACAUGCCUGAGAAACCAAAGUCAUUUUUUAAAUUGAGGUUUCAUCAAAUUGAACAAUGGUCAUUCUUGUUGGAGAAAGUUUACUGAGGGCAGGUGAAUUUUGAGAUAAGAAAAUAGAAGGUUGAAAGGGCAUCCUGUUUCAACCUGAUCUGCCUAACCUACGUAUGACAUGCUAACUUGUAACCAUGAACUCCUGGCCUUUGUCAGCAGGAAGAUGCUGCUUUAUUCGUCUGGAAUCUAAAACAGGAUUAACUUAUUCACGUGGCACCAAUGACUUUUAGGUCAGUCCCAAGAGAAUAAGACCUUCUCUUCAAUGCUUGCUAAAGGAUGAUAUUCAACUUACAGAUAAGUGAGGUUAUAACCAUCCUAUGACCUAUGGAGGGAAAAAAAAAUAGAGUAAUUAAAAAACAUAUACUGAAACCACCUUCUUUUUCCCUCAAAUCGUCAGUUCUCCCUAAAAUUUUUUAACUUCAAAAUUCUGUCAAUAGAAGUAGUAAUCUUUAUGGCAGAAAUGUUAUGGAUACCUAAACAGGCCAAGUGAGCUCAGAAAAAUCUGAAAGAAUGUAAGUGGCUGCACUUGUGCCACUUCUCACCAUUUUUUUAAAUUCUAGACCAUAGAAAAGUCAUAUCAGAAACGAUUGCCCAAUGGCGGCUUUAUAUAAAUCUUGUCUAUGUAAGACUUUUUAUUGGUACCCCAAAUAAAUAUACAAUUAUAUUGACUCACACUUAGUUAU